AUGGCUUCCCAUGUAGUAGAAGGAGCAGAGAUGGAUUUGGAGAAUGGACUUCUCAUCCGUCAAAAAUCCCAAAACCCAUUGGGUGAGCUAUCACCAACACCUUCACCAUCCUCUGCAUCGACAGCUCCUGCUCUGGUUCUGUCCAACUCUGGGAAAAGGAUUGACCAAGCUGGGAAAAAGAAGUAUGUAAAGCAAGUAACAGGGCGGCACAACGAUACCGAGCUCCACUUGGCAGCUCAGCGCGGCGAUUUGGCUGCUGUGAAGCAGAUUUUAGAUGGUAUUGAUUCUCAAAUGGUGGGGACUUUGACAGGAGCAGACUUUGAUACUGAGGUCGCAGAGAUAAGGGCGUCGGUUGUCAACGAAGUCAAUGAGUUGGGAGAGACCGCCUUGUUUACUGCUGCUGACAAAGGACAUCUGGAGGUGGUGAAGGAACUUCUCAAGUAUGCAACUAAAGAGUGCACUACUAGGAAGAACAGGUCGGGGUUCGACCCCCUCCAUAUUGCUGCUAUGCAAGGGCACCAUGCCAUUGUUCAAGUACUACUUGAUCAUGACCCCAGCCUGAGCCAAACCUAUGGCCCGUCAAAUGCGACACCUCUUGUAUCUGCUGCCACCAGAGGGCAUACUGCUGUAGUCAAUGAAUUGCUAUCCAAGGAUGGCAGCUUAUUGGAGAUCUCUAGGUCAAAUGGUAAAAAUGCUUUGCAUUUAGCUGCCAGGCAAGGCCAUGUUGAAAUCGUGCGGGCAUUGCUCAGCAAAGACCCUCAAUUGGCACGAAGGACCGACAAGAAAUGGCAGACCCCAUUGCAUAUGGCUGUGAAAGGCCAGAGCCGUGAGGUGGUGAAAUUGCUUCUUGCAGCUGAUGCUGCUAUUGUUAUGCUGCCAGACAAGUUUGGUAACACAGCAUUGCAUGUUGCUACCAGAAAAAAGCGCGCAGAGAUUGUGAAUGAAUUGUUACUACUUCCUGACACAAACGUCAAUGCACUGACUCGUGAUCACAAGACAGCGCUCGAUAUAGCGGAAGGGCUCCCCCUUUCAGAAGAUUCUUCAGAGAUAAGGGAGUGUCUCUCUCGCUAUGGAGCUGUCAGAGCUAAUGAACUCAACCAACCAAGGGAUGAGUUGAGGAAUACGGUUACUCAAAUCAAGAAAGAUGUGCAUACUCAGCUAGAGCAAACCAGAAGGACCAACAAGAAUGUCCACAACAUCUCCAAAGAGCUCAGGAAGCUACACCGUGAAGGGAUCAACAACGCCACAAACUCGGUCACUGUUGUAGCUGUGCUAUUUGCAACUGUUGCCUUUGCAGCAAUCUUCACUGUCCCUGGAGGGGAUGAUAACAACGGGAUAGCUGUGGUGGUGACCCAUGCUUCUUUCAAGAUCUUCUUCAUCUUCAAUGCCAUUGCUCUCUUCACAUCACUGGCUGUUGUCGUGGUCCAAAUCACGUUGGUGAGAGGUGAGACGAAAGCAGAGAAAAGAGUUGUGGAGGUGAUCAACAAGUUGAUGUGGUUAGCCUCGGUGUGCACCUCUGUGGCAUUUAUGGCCUCUUCUUACAUAGUGGUUGGCAGAAAGCACGAAUGGGCUGCGAUUCUGAUAACUUGUGUUGGUGGAGUGAUCAUGGCUGGGGUACUUGGCACCAUGACUUACUAUGUGGUGAAAUCAAAGAGUCGUCGGUCGAUUAGGAAGAAGGAGAAGCAUGCAAGGAUGAGUGGGUCGAAUUCAUGGCAUCAGUCUGAUUUCUCCAACUCUGAAGUUGAUCGAAUUUAUGCCCUUUAA